GGAUCCGAGCCGCGGCACGGCGCCAUUUUGUUGUGUUGUUGCUGCGGUGUUGUCGUCUCCGGCGUUGAGAUCGACUUCGUCUGAUUCCUGUCCGCCUCCGCCGUCGCUUAAACACCAGAACUCCCUCCUCAGGAUGGGCCGUAAGAAGAAGAAGCAGAUGAAGCCGUGGUGCUGGUACUGCAACAGGGACUUUGAUGAUGAGAAGAUUCUUAUUCAGCACCAGAAAGCAAAACAUUUCAAAUGUCAUAUUUGCCACAAAAAAUUAUAUACAGGUCCUGGACUUGCAAUUCACUGUAUGCAGGUUCACAAGGAAACAAUAGAUGCAGUCCCAAAUGCAAUCCCAGGAAGAACAGACAUAGAGCUGGAAAUAUAUGGAAUGGAGGGCAUUCCAGAAAAGGAUAUGGAGGAGAGGAGACGCCUCCUUGAACAGAAGACUCAAGCUGAAAGUCAGAAGAAGAAGCAGAAAGAUGAUGAUUCUGACGAGUUUGAUGAGGAAGACUCAGAAGCCGGGACUUCAUACCAGCAACAAGGAGCACAGCAACCGCAGAACUUCAUUUCAAAUAUGAACCAGUCCACCAUACACAAUGCACCGGGAGCACCAGGAAUUCCUCCAGGAGUGCCACCGGUGGUACCAGGUGUUCCUCCCAUGAUGCCAGGGAUGCCCCCAGUGAUGCCAGGAAUGCCUCCAGGAAUGAUGCCUAUGGGUGGAAUGAUGCCACCAGGACCAGGAAUGCCACCCAUGAUGCCAGGCAUGCACCCUGGUGGGUAUUUGAAAAUGGCUGGUGGCAACUUAGGUAUGCCACCGCCUGUUCCACGUCCAGGAGGUCCAACCAUGACCCAGUCACAACCUGUAGUUGCACCUGGUGUACCCAGUAGAGCACCACUACCUGGACCUGGUCCACAGCCCCCCAUUGCAAAGCCUCUCUUCCCAAGUGCUGGGCAAAUGGGGACCCGUGUGUCAAGCACAACUACAGCCUCCACUACAGCUUCAUCCAAUUCAGCCAACCUCUCAACUUCCUCUAAGCCUCUGUUUCCUAGUGCAGCACAAAGCCAGCCAUCUGUCUCUGGACCUGUGGGUACGGAUUUUAAACCCUUGAGCAGCACACCUGUUACUACUGCAGAGCCUCCAAAGCCCACAUUCCCAGCCUACACUCAGUCUACAACUACUGCAACGAGCACAUCAAAUAGCACCACAGCCAAGCCAGCCAUCCCUGUUACUAGUAAGCCUGCUACUCUAACCACAACUAGUGCAACUAGUAAGUUGAUCCAUCCAGAUGAGGAUAUAUCAUUGGAGGAAAGGAGAGCCCAGUUUCCAAAGUACCAGCGUAACAUCCCACGGCAAGGCCAGGCAGCAAUGGGGCCACCACCUGUCGGGCCAAUGGCCGGCAUGAUGCCACCACAACAAGGAAUGCCACCUCAGCAAACAGCAAUGCGACCUCCCAUGCCACCUCCAGGUCAGUUUGGUGGCCCUCCCCAGGGAAUGCCAGGAUACCUCCCUGGUGGCAUGCCUCCAUAUGGACAGGGACCUCCUAUGGUGCCUCCUUACCAGGGUGGACCCCCUCGGCCGCCAAUGGGAAUGUCGGGAAUGAGGCCCCCAGUAAUGUCGCAGGGGGGGCGUUACUGAAGCUGCUGUACCUACAUAAAUAGGUUUGGAGAUUCAACCUUUUCUCAACUUGCUGUUAACUAGACAAGCUUCAGUGACUUUAACAAUUUUUUUUAAGAAAAACUGGUAAACCUCUUCCUGCCUGCUAAAUGAUGACCACCAAAAAAACUUGCUGAACACUGGGACACGCUGUUCAUGUUUCACCUCUAGUGGGGGAAAAGAAAAUCGUACUCUUGAAAAGCAAAGCUCUGUGGGAGUAUGUUCUCUUUCCCUUCCCCUUCCCCACACCCCACCCUCCCA